AUCUCUCCCCAAGUUCUGGGCAGAGAGAGAACCAGAAGUUAUUUUCUCCAGAACUGUGGAAUGUACCCUUGGGAGUCCCAAAAAUCAGACAGAAGAUGCUCCAGACCAGUAACUACAGCCUGGUGCUCUCCCUGCAGUUCCUAUUGCUGUCCUAUGACCUGUUCGUCAAUUCCUUCUCGGAGCUACUCCGAAUGGCUCCUGUUAUCCAGCUCGUGCUGUUCAUCAUCCAGGAUGUUGCAAUCCUCUUCAACAUCAUCAUAAUUUUCCUCAUGUUCUUCAACACCUUCGUCUUCCAGGCCGGCCUGGUCAACCUCCUAUUCCAUAAGUUCAAAGGGACCAUCAUUCUGACAUCUGUGUACCUUGCCCUCAGCAUCUCCCUACAUGUCUGGGUCAUGAACGUACGAUGGAAAAACUCGAGCAGCUUCAGAUGGACAAAUGGCCUGCAAACACUGUUUGUAUUCCAGAGACUAGCCGCAGUGCUCUACUGCUAUUUCUACAAAAGGACGGCUGUGAGGCUGGGUGACCCCCGCUUUUACCAGGACUCACUAUGGCUGCGCAAGGAGUUCAUGCAAGUUCGAAGGUGACCACUUGAUGUCACGUGGAUGAACACCUUUCCUUCCUGGUGAAGGUCCUGGGCUGCUCUCCAGGGAGGAACAGCCAUUGGCACCAGAAAACAGGUGGAGUCCUAGGAUACAUUUACACUAGCUGUGCUCAGCAUUCAAGAAGGAAGACUCACCAGGCCUGGUUGGAAACAGAGGCAGGAGGAUUGCUGUGAGUUUGAGGCCUACCUAAUGAGUUCUAGGUUAGCCUAUAGAGAGAGACCCUAUCUCAAAAAAAAAAAAAAAAAGGAAGACCUUUCCUAUUGCAAAUUAAAGUGUUUUCCCCCACCGCAGACUGUAGUAUGAAGUGCAGUCUUGCCUCCUCCGCAGUCCGUCCACUUCCUUCUCUUCCGACACUGUACCACUCACUCUCUUUCCUUCCUCCUUCCUGAGGAUCUGCAGCUGUAGAGCUCCCACUCAGCGCAGGUCCUGUUUUGCUGAUCCAUACUUGAGUGACUGGAGGAUGCAGAUCAUGAGGGCCAUGGCCUCCUGACUGACCACACCUUAGUUGUUUAGAUUUUAUAUCCAAAGUACUUUUUUUUACAGUUCUAAAAGGAAAUAAAUUGAAUUCUUUUUAAAAAAAAAUAAACUGUAGAGCCUG